AUGGAUCCUGAAAUACAGAAAAUGAGGGAAGUUAUCCUUGUCUACCUUGACAGGAGUGGUGGCCUUCAGAAAUUCGUGCAUGAUUGCAAAAAAUAUAAUGACUCAAAACAAAGUUAUGCUGUUUAUCGUUUCAUUAUUUCAAUCAAUCCUUCUGACAUUGCUGAAUUGGAUGCAACUCUUGGAAACUACAUUCUUCAUAAUCCCUUACAAGCUGCACAGAUUUUUCAGUCAGUAUGCUUUGUAGCUAUUAAGACACUAUCAUUAAUUGAACAGUUGCAGACAGAAGCCCAGAUCAGUAUAUUGCUGAAACCAACACAUUUGCCACCUUUACCAAGUUAUGUUCUGAGUCUUUCUGCAUAUCCCUUUAAUUACACAUCUCAAAGAUUUUAUAUGUCUGAAGGGAUAGUGAUUGCAAUGGGAACUGUAACAAAAUACACGCAAGGAGCAAGAUUUCUUUGUACUGAGGAAACCUGUCCAUUCUCUGAAGGGUUUAGGUGCAUCAGAGUGCAUUGCCCUGGAGCUACAGAGUCUGCUACAGUGAGGACUGAUUUUGUUUGUAGCUUGUGUUCCUCACCACUGCAGGAAGACAUGAAAUUUAGAGUACUUGGUGAUAAACAAAUAGUUGAAAUGAUUGAUGCUAAAAUUCUGAAUGCUUUGAAAGGAUAUUCCAUUGAUAAAUCACAUUUUAGGAUUCAGGCAUUUACAUUGUUCUUGAGAGAUGAACUGGCCAAUAAAAUGACAAUAGGAAACCACUACAGGAUUAUAGGAAUUCCAGCUUGUGUACAAAAUGGCCUACAAAUGACUGCAUGUAUAGAAGUCAAUAGUGUGCAGCUCUAUAAACCAAAUGGUCCUUCUUUUGUCAGUGAGAAUUUUAAGUAUCUGCUCUCACUGACUUCAAGUUCAUGCUGGAGGUUUACUGCUGUCCUGGCCAACAUCUUUGCUUCUCAAGUUGUUCCACCAGGCACUUAUAAUACUCUUAAACUUGCAAUAUUGCUGAGUCUAGUACAGACAUGUGAAAAAGAAAAUUCAGAUUACCUGGAUCUCUUGAUUAUGACAAGUGACCCACUAGUAAUUGACAGGCUUCUGAAUUACAGCUUAUGUCUUCUGCCCCGUGGCAUACGACACCCACCUUCCAGUGACAUUUUCCCUUCUGUGUCCAAAGAUAAACACGGAACUGGAAGUGCCAGCAUUCAAGCCUGCAGCGCUGUGCUGGCCAAGGGUGGCAUCUGUUACAUAGGAGACUUGAGUUCAUAUAAAAAGGAUAAACUUGAACUUCUACAGUCUGUGCUAGAGAGCAGAACAACAACAGUGUUUAUUCCUGGGAAGAAGUAUGGAGAAGAGGCUGACCAACAAGUCACUGUUUCAGUUCAGACCAACUUUUGGUCCUUUGUAGAUGUGGACUCUUCCUCAAAGAAACAUAUACAAAAGGAGAACUUUCUAAUAGGACAGAUGGAUGUGAGUUUGAUUCCAGUUAACCUUGUAGAUGGUUUUGGGCUUUUGAUCUACAAUGAGUUUCCUUCCUGUCGCCUGUCUUCUCCUGUUGUACAUCACACCUUGAAAAAAGCCAUUCAUCCUGAAGCCAUGCUGUACAAAGUUUCACAGCAGUUCAGAACACAGGAUUAUGAGGAGUUUAUUUUGUUUGCUAGGAAUCUUCAUGUUGAACUGAGCUCAGAAGCAGAAAGUCUCAUUCAGGGCUAUUAUCUUGCAAGUCGUAGGGUGAGAAGAGAUUCCAUUCAUGGAUCAACAUUAUCAGCCUCUGCUCUAAAAAUUCUGAUUUCACUGGCUAAGGCUCAUGCCAAGCUCAGUUUAAGGCAGAGGGUACUUGAGGAAGAUGCAGUGAUUGCGGUCUUGUUGCUCGAGUCAUCGCUGACCCUGAAACACGGCACAUCUCCACUGUGUGUGGCACCAAAUCCUGUAUUUCCAUUUGAGCUCAGUGAUGAAAACUCCCUGCAACAGAGAGAUAUUUACCUCAUGCAGUGCCACCAUCAACUGCUGAAGUUUAUUUCUGCCUAUAGCCCAGGAAUUCACAUUAACACUAAUGAAGAGUAAAAACUCUAAGUAAA